AUGACUGGUGUUGCUCAUAAACAUCGCGAGGAAAGAACGGUUCAGAGACCUCGUCAGUUUCUCCGAUAUCUACGACUGUGGAAUAGACAGCUCGCUGUGAAAGGAAGGAAAGACCAAAGAAAGCCGUUAACUAGCGUCUGCCAAGACCCCAUGAUAUGGAGAGUGGUUCCUAGAGACUACGAGUACCUGGCCGAGUUUAAAGAUCUUGUGGCAACCUCCUAUGAAGCUCCUUCCAGUUCACCGUUCGUCCCAGGAGCCGAAGCAAAAGCAAUCGCAGAAGAGCGUCAGAUGGAAUUGGACGAUUAUUUGUCACAACUCCCUAGUUCAGAGAUCAACGACACCCUUUCAGAAUAUUCUAGCACUGACGCCGAACUCGAAGAUGCCCAUUCCUGUUUCACCGAAUCCGAUACCAUAUCCAUGGUCACAACGGCUGCAGAUCCCGAUGAUUCUAUGUGGAUACAAUACUCCGUGUGGCUCCGAAGAUGUGCUGAACACAGGAUCCGACAGCAGUGGGGCGCGUUGAGUAAUUUGGCUGAAGAUCUUCCUUUGUCCAAACUCGACUGGAUUGGCGCUCAAGUGAAAUUUCCCUGGGGGAAAGUCGCCGUUUACAGCAGGAGAGACUUGGAGGAAUAUACGUGUUGCGAAUGUGGAGUACCUCGAGAGAUCCUCAGAGAACAAAGACCAUGCGCAAGCUGCAAUAAGAAAAUUUGCAAGCGCUGCUUCGUGCCUUACAUCCCACGGGUACUGAACAGGCUUCCAGGUACAGACCGCGAAUAUGAAAGCACACUGAGGGUCAUGACCACAAGGGCCGAUUUCGAAAACCUUUGCCAGUGCGAAAAUGAUUUCAAGACAGCCGAGCAGAAGACGAUUGAAAUUGGGCGGUUUUGUAGGGACUGUGUCAAUAAGGAAAUUGUGCUGCCGAGCAAUCCGGUACAUUGUUCGCCGUGGCUUAGACGCCUUUGCCCAUUUGGCGGGAUGGAAGAUACCAAUGACCUUAUCACUCCUUAUUGCCGUAUCUGUCUCAAGCAUGGUGUUUUGCCAGGCUAUCCAAGACCCCUGGAAUGGACUCCAGAUCUUGUUCGUAUUAUGCCUACAUCUUAG